UGAUUGGGUUUGCAUCACAGCCAACGAUUCCUUCUCUCUCUACAAUAACUCCACCAUGGAAACGAUAGCCUUGAUGAACACGAGCUUUCGAAUCGGAAUAUCAUCAUCUCCUCCGUCAAGAUCAAUCUUCCCUACUUCUACUCGUCUACUUCCGACGCCGGUUAACCUAUUUCUCCGUUCAAGAACCACAAACCAUUACUCCUCAUCGACAGUCCGUAGAUCAUCGGUUAUAUGCGGCGUUGUUCCGGAGAUUAACGAAACUCAGUUCGAGGAGAUAGUUCUUAAGUCUGAGGCACCUGUUCUUGUCGAAUUCGUUGCUACUUGGUGCGGUCCUUGCCGAUUAAUCACUCCUGCAAUGGAAUCGAUCGCGCAAGAAUAUAAGGAAAAGUUAAAGGUUGUGAAGAUUGAUCAUGAUUCGAACCCUAAUUUGAUAAAAGAGUAUAAGGUGUAUGGAUUACCGGCAUUAAUUCUGUUCAAAAAUGGGAAAGAAGUUCCUGAAAGCAAGAGAGAAGGGGCAAUUACCAAAGCUAAACUUAAAGAGUAUGUGGAAUCUUUGCUCAAUUCUUUGUCAAUUUCAUAGAUAGAUCGAUGAUGCAUGGAUUGGAUUGGAUGAUGAUUCUUGAUGAUUCUUGAUGAUCCUUUUUAACAUUCUAUCUUUACCGGAUGUAAAUUGUGCAGAGUUCUUUACACUCCAUAUGCUUGCUUCAUUGUUGUAUAAUCAAACCACUUGCCUUAGUUUGACUCUCAAUUUUGUUUUCAAUGUAUUCAAAAUUGUGUAUU